AUGGACAAGGAGAAUGGCCAGGAAACAGAAGGAGAAGUUAAUGCUGGUGGCUCGGAACAGGCGGGAAAUGCUGAAAUCUCAUCCGAUGUAAAUACGGACUUGGUAAAUGAUCUGAACGGGUGUCAGAUAUUUGGUUAUGGAAUUGGUCAUUUCUACAAUGACCUGUGUGCCAGCAUGUGGUUCACAUAUUUGUUAUUAUUUCUGGAGAAAGUUGUUAACAUACGAAGCGCGGUGGCCGGUUUAAUUAUGCUCAUUGGACAGAAAGUUGUUAAUAUACGAAGCGCAGUGGCCGGUUUAAUUAUGCUCAUUGGACAGAGCACUGAUGCGUUAAGUACAGCGUUGAUUGGUGUUGUAAGCGACUGGACUUCGGCACCACUCUGCUUACAGAAAUGUGGACAACGCAAAUCGUGGCAUGUCGUUGGCACGUUGCUAGUCACGUUUUCGUUCCCGUUCAUUUACAACAGAUGUUUUUUGUGCAAUAAUGCAACAACGGACUGGGCAUUUUUGGCUUGGUAUGCGCCGUUUGUGAUGGUAUUUCAAAUUGGAUGGGCUGCAGUACAGAUUUCUCAUUUGGCUUUGUUGCCGGAACUUACAAGUGACGACAGCCGUCGAACAACUAUGAAUUCUGUGAGGUACGGGUCGACUGUAGUUGCAAAUUUGGUUAAUUUUGCUGUGAUUUCGUUACUGCUGCAUUUCGAUGAUGCUGGAAGUGCGAUUGGUCCGAAUGAUCUUGCGCAUUUUACUGCAAGGCUUUUCACUCAGACUCUUUUUUACACUGUGACCAAAGAGCCACCGAGAUCUUCACGUUUCAAUGCAUCCCAGCAGCUUGGAAUUUUGCAUUCAUUCAAAACCUCAUUAUUGAGGUGGAUGUGCCGUUUGGAGCUUUAUCAGGUUGGAGUGUUGUAUGUGCUAUGUCGAUUGUAUAUCAAUUUAUCGCAGGUCUAUUUCCCCUUCUACAUCACUCACAUACGCAAUUUAUCAAAGGUUAGUCAGUUCAUUCUAUUUCUGGUUUCCAAAAAAAAGACGGAGGCUUGGGAAACUCGAUGUUUGAGGAAGCUUUUGAAAUCGCGUUCCUGCAUUUUAUACUUGGGCGUAAAUUUGAGCUGCAGGCACUGA